GCGCCAUCUCAAACUCCCAGUCACUGCAGUGGUGGAAACAGAUAUUGCCAUGCAGAAAAUUCGUAUUCUCGUCAUCAAGGGACCUAAGUGUUUAAUAUGAAGGGGAAUAGAAAUUUCGAGCAUUAUCAAUAAUUUAACUCUGCCGUAUUAUGGUCAGUUUUUGCAGAUAGUGUUGGAACAUAUGCAGUAAAAUUACAUGACUUUAUAGACUUUUAUCACAGAAUAAGAUUUUCGAUAUGGACCAAGAAAACAACAAUGUCCGUAAACCGAAGUUGAUUGUCUUUGAUCUUGACUACACAUUGUGGCCUUUCUGGGUGGAUAGAAAAGUUAAUGUGGAGCCCCCUUUUAAUAGAACGAGAGAUGGUAAAGUAUUUGACGCCUGCAGUCGAGAGGUAAAAGCAUUCCCAGACAUUGAUCCAAUUUUACACAGACUUCAUAAUGAGGGUUACAAACUUGCUGUAGCUUCAGAAGCUUUCAACAAAGAGGAGGUGAAACGCCUUGUGAAUUUCUUUGGAUGGAACAAAUUCUUUGAUUACAUAGAAAUCUACCCUGGAUCCAAAAUAACACAUUUCCUAAAUAUUAAAAAGGACAGCGGUAUUGCUUUUCCUGACAUGAUGUUUUUUGAUGACGAGCGCGAUCAUCUUUCAGAAGUGGCACAUACCUGUUUAGGUGUCACAUGCAUUUGGGCAAAUCGAGGGGUUUCCGAAGAAAUCUUGGAUGAAGCUUUUCGCGCAUAUACAGAAAAUCAUAAGAAUGAGGUGUCAGUUGGUAUUCCGAACGGAAACAAUAACAACAAUGGCAGUGGGACUGGUACCAAUACAAGUAGCAGCACCUUGUCUCUGAACAGCGUGGAUUCAGAUGAAUCCCAAUCAGAAACAACUGUUAUUUAUGUGCAUCGUCGCCGUGGGUCGCGAGCCUCCAUCACUUACGAUGUCCCGCCAGUUAUUGACAGAGCAAUACGCCUACGCGGACGACGCAUGUCUGCGCCUGCGCUGAGUAUCCCACAAUCCCUACAGGACAAAAAACUGAUUUCUUGCCCCGAGAUUGUAGAAAAUUAGAGCGGCUUGAAAUGGCAGUUUUGAUGUUGAAGUGCUAAUUUAGGUGUGAAAAUAGAUUAUUAGAAAAAAGGUCUUGAGAAACCAAUUGAAGGUAGUUUAUGAUCAUUUAUACAUGUGUACAAGAACAUGUUUUAAGCAGGUACAGUAUUUAUUCUAUUAUAAUUAGGCUACGAUUUUUUUUAAUUAAGCAUCUGAUAUUUUCAAAUGCAUCAAACAAAAGAAUUCUCUGGAUUAAAAUCUGUGUAUCAUGUAUUUCAGUAAGUAUCGCCUCAGCAAUGAAAUCCUUAAAUAUGUGAAAUUCAUAUGAACCCGUUUUUCAUCUUGUAGUUCAUACAGAGAUUUGCCCACGUUGAACUUUUUCAGUUUAACUUAAAUGACGCGGUUUCUCUUGCCAUUUUCGUUAGAAAACAUGUAUUCAUUUGAAACAGUUGAUCAUAAUCAGACUAUUAGUUAUAUACAUCCUUGUAAAAGAUUUUUUUCUUCCAGCCUGAUCUGAUUGGAAUAAAUUCCGAAGUAGCAUUUUUAGCAUUGUAUUAUGUAUAAUUAAAGACAAUUGAGAAUAGUUUUUUUUUACAUACAUGACAUUGAUCAUGAUGUAUAAUUGUCACGAUAUUAUAUUGAAAUAUAAUAAAGUAACAGAAUGAUUCUAAUUUCUCACGUACAUUGUAUUACUUACAUGUAUAUACAUAAAAACGAUAUUAUAGCAUUUCUGUUUUAAGUGUACUUAAUUUCUAAAAGCUGUUAGCACUUCUAUUUUUGCGUCUCUUCAUUUCUUUAAUAAAUAUGUGAUUAAUUAUUCCAGUAGAAAUCAGAUCAUGUCAAUAAACAGUCUUUUGUACCUGGUAAUUGUGAUUUCAGGACGUAGGAAUUAUACGUACAUGUAAUAUAUGCUUUGUAAUCUUUGAUAUUGUGUAGAGGGAUUCAUGCUCCCUGGGGACUUUUUUAUACGUAACUAUAUAUAUCCAUACAACAAGAAAGUCCACACGUGUUUGUAUUCAGUUAAUCUGCGAGAAACAUGGACCUGAAGCAAUUGUAUUAAUAACUUGUUAAAACUUCACUUAGUACAUGUACAUGUAUGUAUCAAAUCAAGAUAUCAGUAUUU